GUGAUAUUGACUCAACAGAGGAAAAUCCUUUCUUACACCUUAUCCCCUGAGGUGUUGCAAUGAAUUUCAUGAAGACAUCUCUUAAGAGACACACUGAAGAGUUGAGACAUGUUCAGUUAACAAACAACCCCAAGUGAUACUACACGAUCACUGAAGAUUAUUGUCCGAAUGGCAGGUAACUCUGUGACAAAUUUUUUAUGUAGCUUGUUCAGUGCCGGUGGUUUUAUUGCAGGAUGCAGCGUUCUCAUUCUAACAGCUUUCCCAAUUGCUGAGAUCACUAUAGGUGCAGUGUACAUGUAUGAGUGUCCAGUAGCACCAGCUAUCCCAGUAUAUGUGAUGGUGUGUGGGAUAUUGGCCCUGGUGCUGAUGGGCCUGUUUGCUUUGCCAAAGCUCAUUUGUCCAGCAAAACAGGACAGCAUAGCCUGGACUGUGUGUAUCCUUAGCCUGGUCCUGUUUGUCUUCAUCUGGUUCAUCUAUGGUAGUUACCAAAUUUAUUCUGUAUAUCCACCGAACUACAACAAGAACAUUACCGACCCAAACCGAGUCAACAACAGUUUCUAUACCCCUGACAACAAACUCGGCCUCACCUUGGAGAACCAGAACCAUAGCCUUCCAAACCUUAACCAAACUCAAGUAAUCAGUAAUAACCAGACUUUAAGGAUGCUGAUUCAAACUUUGGCCCUAAGCAACACCCACAGUAAGACAAACAGAGAGCACCUGAACGCUCCGCAAGGACAUGUCAUGGCUGUAGUGCCUUACUGUGACAGAACUUUGUAUUUGCUUGCUUUCUGGACCACCACAUUAGUUUAUGCGCUUGCAGGAAAUGCCCUGGUGAUCACCAUCUGUGUAUGUUGUUUCAUGAAAGUUUUAGUUAAGCUUGUAGAGUAUGUCUUCUGAACUGAGCUAGAUAUGAUUUCAUUUCAGAGACUUUUAAACAUCACAUUAGGCUUUGCAGCAACAAAUUUUACAGUAGUUUGUAAAGUGUGUAUAUGUGAGAAAAAAACAUUUUUUGCUCUUAUAUUAGACAGUCAGUGUUAUCUGACAUGAUGAAUAUGAUGCUGCAUGUUCAUUAUUUAAACUAAAUUAUACUAAAUUGGACUUCAUUAAAAUUGAAAAUGUUACACCAUUUACAUAUCAUGACAUAAUGGUUUUAUUUUUAGUGGCUGCAUUUACUCUAUAUAGCAUUUUUUAUCAAAAGCUUUGAUACUCAUGGUCUCAUGCAAGGCUGGUCAAACCAUCAGGACACUUCUAGAUAUGGACAGAAGUAGUCUGUGAUUAGUGGACUCAGUGGCUGCUGAGCUGAGUUGGUCAAAGUGUCUAAUCUCUAUCUAAGGUGAAAACUGUCCAUCAUAAUAUCUCAUGUUAAUAAUAAUGUAAUAUCUAAUGUAAUAAUAAUAAUAGAAGCAAGUAAUAAUAAUAAUGUCAUAUCUAACAAUAGCUUUAAUUUCUAUUGUCUGUUGUAAAUUUGUAACUGUGUAUCUGAAGAUUGUAAUUGCUAUUCUUAUGCUGGAUCUUCUUCUGUCUUUUUUAUUUUGUCUGUUUAUUGUUUGUAUUUGCUGUGAAAUUUAUAUGGAAUGGUGUGCCUUCUUGACCAGGUGUCCCUUGCAAAAGAUAUUGUAUUCACAAGGGACUUCCUGGUUAAAUAAAGGUUAAAAGAAAUUAUAUUCAUUA